UUCUCUUUCCCAGCUGCCUGCACCUCGAGACGCGAAGGUUCACCUGUACAAUGCCAAGCAGGUUCUGAGUUGGGAGCCAGUGUCCCUGGGCAAUGACACGAGGCCGGUGGUCUACCAGCCCCACUAGCAGUACGUGGUAUGAUGUCAAGGACCAUAAUCUGAACUGUAUAAAUAUCACCACGACAGAGUGUGACCUCACCCCAAACGUCCUUUGGGGACUGGAAAGAGAGAUCCUCUUACGUGUUCGAGCUAAGGUAGAAGACCUGGUUUCUCCAUGGCUGACGGUGCCUUCCUUCCGGCACUGUUGGAAUGUUACCAUUGGGCCUCCCGAAAACAUUUGGGUGACACCAGGAGAAGGCUCCCUUAUCCUCAGGUUCUCCUCUCCCUAUGCCACCAAUGGCUCCUCAUUCCAUUUUUCUUAUUAUGUCCGUUACUGGGAAAAAGCAGGAAACUAUCAGGUUAAAGGCCCUUUCAGGAGCACCUUCAUUGUGCUGAAUGAUUUGAAACCCUUAAGAGAAUACUGUUUACAAGUGAAGGCGCAUCUGGUUUGUCAAAGCCAAACCAUCGUUAGAGCCGGGUCUUUUAGCAACGUAACUUGCUACCAGACAACAAUGGACGCCACCACCAAACUCCAGCAAGUCAUUAUGAUUGCUGUGGGACUCUUUCUGCUCCUGUCCAUGCUGGCGGGGGCCUGUUUCUUCAUGGUCCUGAAAUACAGAGGCCUGGUGAAAUACUGGUUUCACUCUCCACCAAGCAUCCCGUUACAAAUAGAAGAGUAUUUAAAGGACCCGGCUCAGCCUAUCUUAGAGGCCCUGGACAAGGACAGCUCGCCAAAGGACGAUGCCUGGGACUCUGUGUCCAUCGUUUCGUUUUCAGAGAACGAGCAAGAAGAUGUUCUCCAAAGUACUUCGAACCAAAGUGCUGGUCCAGUCCAGCGGCCCGGGGGGUGAGGGGUCUGAGCCGACAGCGCAGCUGAUGUCCGCAUUGGGACCUCACAGAGCCCAGCACUCCACGCUCUGUCCCUCCAAGGCCCGUUGGUGCCUGAGCAGACGUCAUGGAUCUCGUGGGGGCGACAAGCAUUUGUUUUCUUCUCUAGAGUUUUCUAAUCAUACAAGUUUCCAGAAUGAUUCUACAGAGAUCGCCCAGAACAAUGAAGACUCCUCUUAAACACUAAAAAGACACAUAACUGUUAGCCCAACGGCUCCGGUACGCCUCUGAGGUUUUGUUCAUCAGCAGGGAGAAUGCCGGGUCCCCUCCUUGACUCUGGCCAGUGGGCUGCGGCCCCCCGGGCAGGUCACAUAACCUGUCCCAAGGAGGGACAUCGAGUGACCCUUCCCCAUAUCCAGUCUCCCGCCUUAAAAUGUGAUUAGUCCUGUAAAUAUUUUCCUGGUAAUUUAAGCCUUUGUUUUUUUCAAGCUAGGAAUAAAAGACUUUAACUUUUUAAAAGUCAAAGUGAA